GUUUGUUCCCUUGACUUUUCUCCACUUUAACUAUAUAUUGGAUUAUGUCGAGAGGAUCUGACUGAUCUGCAGCAUAAACUAGUUCCACACACUUUGUCAGAUGACCCCCAAACCCUUCAUGUUGGUAUGAAUACCACUACUGUCAAUCGGGACCCGCUGCAUAUAGCAAUCUUAAAGAAUGUGAUCACUGUUGUACUCUCUCUUGCUAUUAUCUACAUUAAUGGGACUCUGGUACAUACAUUCAGAAAACAUCAGGUUUUCAACACAAAUUCUCGUUACAUCCUGUACAUCCACCUGGUAAUCAACGAUAUUAUCACACUUUCAAUGAUGAUCCUCCUCCAAGUUCUUAGUUACAUUAUAUAUACUCUCAAUGUCUCAUUUUGCAUCAUUAUGCUAAUGCUUUCCAUAUCUACAAGUCUAAACAGCCCCUUAACUCUUGCUGCCAUGGCUUUAGAGUGCUACCUGGCAAUAUGCUUCCCUCUCCGUCACCCUCAGAUCUGUACAGUCAGGAAAACUUACAUCGUGAUCACUGUGAUAUGGGUCCUAAGUUUAUUGACAAUCUUACCAGAUUUGUUCAUAAUUAUUGCCACAAGACCUGCAGAGUACUUUCAUUCCAGGAUCUUCUGCUUGUGGGCUAAUGUUUUUACUAACCCGGUCCUUACAAAGAAAAAAGAUGUAACCAACAUUUUGUUUCUAGUCAUUGUUUGGGUCAUUCUUUUUUAUGCAUACUUUAGAAUACUUUUCACUGCACAGGCUGCUUCUGUAAAUGCAAAGAAAGCAAGAAACACCAUCCUACUUCAUGGCUUUCAGCUGUUGUUAUGCAUGCUAAGCUUUAUUUAUAAUAUAUCAAUAGAUGGCCUGUCAAUUUUGUUUCCAAAAGAUAUUCCAACCAUUCGGUAUGUAAUUUCUCUACUGAUUCAGGUCAUGCCAAGGCUCAUCAGUCCGAUGGUAUAUGGCAUAAGGGACAAGAUGUUCAGGGAACACCUAAAACGAUACCUGUUACCUUUAAAUCCAGCCAUUCAUCCAAAAAAGGUGCGAAAAAGGACAAUAUAAAGACAUUUCUAGUACUUUUUUCAAGGCCCAGGAUAGUUUUUAGGGUGCCACUGUUUAUUCCUUCUUGUUCUAUGACAUCUAAAAGGGUGAAAUUGUGGUUACUUUAGUAGAAGUCUACCCCAAAAAACAGUAAGAAGGCAGUACUGUCGAUAUGACAUCAAAGAACGGUACAGCUUUAUAGAGGAAACAUGCUAAGCUUUGGUUAUGUAAGUC